AUGAUAAAACUAGAACCAAUUGAAUUGAAUAAGAAUUGUAUUGUUGCUAACACAUCAGACAUUUCAACAUCUAUGUCACAUUCUAACCCAAUGAAACGAUGGCGCAAUAGAUUUAAUUCAUCAAAUACUAAUAACACAUUAACACAAUCUUCUCUUACAAAUCAAUUAAUCUCAACAGUAAAUUUAGAAAAUGAAGAACAUGCGAAUCUUAUGAUUAUUUCUGAUGAUGACGAUGAUGAUGAAUUAUCCAAUUCACAACAAUCAGAUCAUAUGGAUGAAGAAAUUCCUCUUAUCGAUCAACAUGUCUCAUCUAAACGGCCACGAUUAAGUUAUAAUAAACGUUUAGUAGCUAAUGCACGCGAACGUGAACGUGUACAUAAUUUAACAGCAGCAUUUGAAGCAUUACGACGAGUUUUACCUAUCUAUGGUGAUCAAUCGAAAUUAAGUCGUUUAUCAAUAUUACGUAUUGCUUGUUCAUAUGUAUAUGUACUUGGUGUAUUAAAUGAAAUUGAUUUUAGCGAAGGAGAAAAUGCAUAUACACUUCACGAGUCAUUUCAUAUGCUUUCAUCAACAAUUGCACAUGAACUUAAACGAAAAAAAUUCACGAAAUAA